AUGGCAACACAGAUUGUGUAUCUAGAUGACCCUAAAGCCAGAAGCGGUUGGAAAGUUGCUCAGCAGAUGGAUCAGAGGAACGUGUAUGAUAUACCAGAACUAGACCCAACUGACAAUGACGUUGACAACGUCACUGACCAACGGUUGGAAUCUUCCAUGGAAACUGAUGCAGAAACACUUUGA